CACCCUAUCUGUGCCAUUGCUUGUAGUAUUUACCAAAUCUUUGAACAUGGAAUCCACAAUCUCACCACAAACCGACGAUGGCUUAAGCGGUUUCGCCCUCUUCCAAGCGACCACCAGACGAUCAUUUUUGUGCCUGUUCAUCAUAGUCACGGUACCCUCUGUCAUCGGUAACAUCGCAGCCAUCUACUCCAUCUCCAGAAGAAAUUGCAGAAUUUUUCAAAAAACGUGCAUCAUUUCGCUGGCUUUGUCGGACAUUUUGAGCACCGCAGCUAUAGCUACCAUCAACAUUAACACCUUCGUACAAGAAGCAAUGGCUUGGCCUCUGGGGCACUUCCUGUGUCAAUUCCUCCCUAUGUGUCAGAUGGUGGGGGUUCUGGCGAGCUCGGUAGCCCUGACGAUGAUUGCCAUGGACAGGUAUCGAAACGUGGUGCACGCUUUGGGGAAAAGGUGGGACCCCACGCCUUGUUUUUGCUUCGUGGCAACAGGCACCGUGUGGGUACUAUCUUUUGCAAUCUCGUACCCCAUGUAUAGCUUCUACAAGUUCCAAACCAAGUGCAACGUCCAUUUCUGUUUGAUGAGUGGCGAAAUCAAAGAGUCUCUGCAAAAGUACUACAUCGCUAUGGUCAUCAUCAUCUUCCUCCCUCUCUUCUCCGUCUUCCUCUGGUUCUACAACAGCAUCGCCGCUCUAGUCUGGAAACACCGAAAACCCAUAUCCACCAUCUUCAAUAAAAAAUCGACCCAAGAAAGCACGUCCUCAGAGGUUAAAACUGUCAACCAUCCCAAAACUCAAGAGGAAAUUCGAGUCGGGAGAAAAAUUCGGACUUUUAAGAUAAUCGUCGCCUUGAUGGUGGUUUUUAUAGUUUGUAGGUUGCCGUACUUCACUAUACAGAUUUUGAAGACUUUCAAUACCGCGCUGUCGACUCGGAAGGAAAUGUGGUACAUGAGUUUUAGUUUUAUGGCUCUUCAUAUUGUCAAUUGUUGUUUGAAUCCUCUGCUUUAUACUUUUUUCAAUGUGACGGUUCAGGUUUGGCGAAAAAUCGAAAGUUUUGCUUUGGAGAUUUGUUGCUUCUGUUGUUCGCGGGGGGAGUUUGAGAGUUUCGAGACGGAGAAUCCGUUUGUUAUUGAAGAUUUUGAGAAGAGGAAGAGGUCGAGGGAGUGGGAAAAUAGGAAGAGGUCGACAGUGAGGUUUAAAGAGGAAAGGUACUGAUUAAAGAGGUUUAUGUGUAUUAAUCGAGGGUCUUUUGUAUUUAUAUUUUUAUAGCAAAAUAUAGCUCUAACUUAGUAAUACUUAAAA